CUAUCUCUUCUCUGUUUUAUCGUUUCAUCACACCCGCACCCACCCACAUCCGCGUGCCGGAUUGAGCUCAAAAGCCCGUCUUGUUUGCACUCGUGAAAAAGGGCUUCGUGUUCUGUCUACGUGUCUACACAUAGCAGGCGGAAAGGGACGUGUUCUUCACUCCCCUCCUAUCCCGCCGCACACGAACAAACCCUGCUUGGGUGCUCACCAGACUCAAAGCCGGUCUCGAGCACGCAACAGGAUAUCCCCCACGAGCCACCAGAAACGCCACUGCUGCUGCUGCCGCUGCUAGCCGCCCCUGGUCUGCUCCUGAGAUAGACGGCAGGCAGCCAAAUGGAGAACCAACCUUUGCUCAAGCCACGCGGAUCCGGCACCGACUUUGCCGGGCAGGACCAUCAUGACUCGCGGGAAGGGGACGGCGCGCGCCCCCGGGGCGGCGGCGGGUCGCAGGCGUACUCCUCCGCGGCGGUCUUCGCCGUGUUCUUCUUCCCUGCCCUCGGCGGCCUCUUGUUCGGGUACGACAUCGGCGCGACUUCUUCCGUGCUGACACAGCUCGAGUCUUCCACCUACUCGGACGUGUCUUGGUACAACGUGGUGGCGAGCAGCACCCUCCUGCAGGGGAUCAUCACCAGUAAUGCUGUUCUGGGGGCGAUGAUCGGAUCAAUCAUCUGCUUCAGGGUGGGCGACGCCCUCGGCAGGCGGCGGGAGAUCCUGGUGGCGGCCGUGCUCUUUUUCUUCGGGGCCAUAAUCGAGGCGGUUUCGGGGUCGUCGGUUUGGUCGGGAGACUGGGGGUUGGUGGUCCUCAUGAUCGGUCGGGUGUCCUACGGGGUGGGGUGCGGCUUCGCCAUGCACGGGGCACCCGCGUACAUCGGGGAGAUGUCUCCCGCAGCGGUGCGCGGCGUGCUGGUGUCGUUGAAGGAAGCCAUGAUCGUCGUCGGCAUGCUGUUCGGGUACAGCAUCGGCUGGUACCUCGAGGACACCGUCGCCGGAUGGAGGUUCACCUACGGAGCGGGCGCCUUCCCGGCUGUGAUCAUGUUCGCGGGGAUGUUCCUCAUGCCGCCGUCAGCUAGAUGGCUGGUCUUCUCGGGCGAGAUGGACGAAGCUAGGAAGUCUUUGCAAUUCGUUACCCCGGGCAUCUCCGAACUGGCCGUGGCCGAGAUCCAGGUGACCGGUCAGCCCAGCGUCCUCUACUACGCGGACACGAUCUUCGAGGACGUCGGCCUGGACAGCAGCGCUUCGGUCCUUGUCGCUGCCUUCAAGCUCGUCGCCACCCUCUGCGCCGUGUUCACGGUGGACAAGCACGGGAGGGUGAAGCUGCUCAACAUCGGGUGCAUGCUGAUGCUGUUGGCCCUGAUCGCCCUGACCAUUGCCUUCAUGUUCGACUACGUGAGCGAGGAAGACUGCAACGACUACACCACCGACAGCACGUGCUCCGCGUACUCCGACAAGUGUGAAUGGGAUACGAGCUGCACGUGCGACAGCACCUCCUCCUCUUCCACUUCCUCGAGCAGCGGCUGCACCUGCUGCGGAGUAGCGGGUCUCGACACCCAGAAGGCGUGCAUCCUCGCGGCGAUGUUCGUGUAUAUUGGCGGUUACCAGGUUGGGUUCGGGCCGGUGGUGUGGCUCAUCAUCUCGGAGAUUUUCCCCUUGGAUGUCAGGGGCAAGGCCAUCUCGGUGGCGGUGGUGGUCAACUUCGGGUUCAACCUGCUCGUGACCUUCAUUUUCCCGACGAUGCUGGAAGACCUCGGAUCCUCGUGGACGUUCGCGAUCUUCGCCGUCGCUGACGCCUACUCGCUGUACUUCAUCAAGACCCGGGUGCCGGAGACGAAGGGGCUGUCCUUGGAGCAGAUCGAAGCCCUGUUCCUGCGGAGAGGACAGCGGAACACGCGAGCGGCUCUUGCGUGA